AUGGAAACAAACGUUUGCUUUAUCAAUGAAGAUAACCUGCAUUUAAUAUUUGGAAUCGUAUACUUCCUUGCAUCUCUAACAGCGUCGAUUGGAAAUGGGUUCAUGCUUUACAUCGCAAGAAGAGAUCCACUCAAACUUUUUAACAAACCCACAAAUGUACUCAACGUUUCAAUUGGGUUAAACCAUCUUAUCGCAAGUCUUUUUGUCCUUCCAAUUCUUGGAACCAAUAGCGUUCUGCAGAGUCAGGAGAUAGUGAAUGGAGUAGCUGAACUGUUCCAAGAUGUUAUGGUUCAUUUUGUUGUCACAAAUGCAUCUGUGUUGCUUCUGGUUCUGUUCCUUGAACGUUACACAGCAUUCGUGUAUCCUUUCCUGAAUCUUAAAAACGCUACGAUCGAAAGAGCGAAACAAAUCUGCUCCUCAGUAACUGCAACUUGCUUUUUCUUCUCCUGUAUUUUGUUCACAGGAGUCUCCGAAGAUAUAUUUUACGAUAUAACUCUUCCCGUAUUCAUACUGUUACCUUGCACGGUAAUGACAGUUAUGUUGGCAAUCAGCUUUUGCUUGCUAAGGCGUCGAACCCGGGUUGCCCAAGACAUCACACAUGAUUCACAGAUACGAGUUAUGAACCCAAACAGGUCAAAACGAAAUUUACAACUUCGGCAGUAUUUGAAAGCAGCAACAAAAGGAACAAUUUUGACAGUUCUACCCAUGGUAUUUUACUGCGUGGUAAAAAUUUUAGGUUAUAGUAAAUUAGAGUUUUCCACAACAUCAUGCUACGAUCUUCUAGAACACAUGUCAUUUAUAGUUUUUUUCUUAGUAGCAGUAAUGAAUCCUGUAAUUGUUUUUCUGAAAAUUCCCGUGUACAAACGAUCAAUGAGGCAUCUUUGGGACCGAAGAAAAGGCCUUCGUUAAGAAGUAAACUAUGGGGGUUUUUGUUUCACAGGUCACGAUAAAGAUAACUUAGAAUGUCAUAUUACGCGAAAUAUAGCAAAUUCAUUAAUGUUCUAUUGGAGAAGGCGUGAGCUGGUUCAAGAGAGAACUAUGGUAUAAGUUACAGUUAUGAUAGGUGGAGGGGAGUCACUCCCCGCUUAUCUCCCACACCUGAUUUACCGCCGGGAACAAAGAGACUGUAGCAAAACCGACUACGAAGUUCUCUUUACAGUAUGUAAUGUCAGUCUGCCAGCUUAGGGCGUUUGAGUUCUUAGAUUGAUUAAUUUUAUAUCAGGAGUUUAGAGAUGAGAAUAACAAAGAAUAA